AUGUUGUGGUCUUCAUUAUCAUUAGCUUUAUUGCCUUGUUUAACUCAAGCUUACAUCACUAACUUUGAAGAUGUUAAUAAAUUAACUGACUUGGAUUCAACACCAAAUGUUCCAGGAUUGGAAAAUGAUAUUCAAGUUAAAACUCCUCAAGAUUUAUUAUUCUCGGGUGAUUAUGUUUGUGAUAAAUUUGCAUCUUUGAUUCAAUCAACCAAUGAUACUGAUGAAUUUCCAGUUGAUUUUAACAUGUAUGUUUCACAAACAACUGAUGAAGGAAAUAAUUAUACUGUUGAUUUAUAUUUUAAAAAUCCAUGGCAUAAUACUUAUAAUGAAUUUGCAGAAUUAAAUAUAACUGAUCCACAACUUGUCUUAUCUAAAUACAAUCCAACAUUAAUUUCAAAACAAGAUUUUGGUGUUGAAUUUAAAUUUCAAUUUAGUAAAGGAUUAUUAUGUCAAUUCAUGUAUCAAUUCACCAUUGCGUAUCAAUUAAAACAUCAAGAUGAUGAUACUAAAUCUGAUAAAAUUUUCUUGAGUGGUUCAUGCCAAGAACACGCUAGAUAUUAUCCUGAAGAUCAUGAAUAUUUGGUCAAUAAAGGAUUUAGAUGUGUUGAAUAUAACAGUGGUUUCAAAUAUGAUGGUGGUAAAGAUUGGUGUAGUAAAUUUUAUCCCCAAAGUCAAUGUUGUACCAGUUAUUCAAGAGAUGAAGUUGUUGAUAGAGACACUUGUCCAACUGUUUCUAACUCCACUGAUUCUGAUGCUGUUGUUGAACCAAUUAUUAUCAAAGGUUCUUCUACUAUUCAAGGUGGAAAUGCUGCAAGUGAUGAUUUGACAACUACUAUUGUUUCCAAAAUCACUGUUGGUACUACUACCAAGGCUGAUACAACCAUUCCAGUUUCUGCUCCUGUCACAACUUCAGAUAGUAAUGGUAAAGCUGCCGCUACCACUUCCGAAUUUAUUCUUGAUCCAAAUUUUGUCAUUGAUCCAAGUUUUAUCAUUGAUCCAAGUUUUGUUCUCGACCCGGGAUUUGUAGUUGACCCAAGUUUUGUCAACGAUCCAAGUUUUGUUCUUGAUCCUGGAUUUAUAGUUGAUCCAAGUAUUUUCGCUAAUCCAAGUUUUACUGUUGAUCCAGGUUUCAAUGCCCCAGGUACUCCAAAUACUUUGACUACCGUUACUCUUCCAAACGCACCAGUCCCAACUUCCUCAACUGGUUUGACUACCGUGACUCUUCCAAAUGCACCGGUCCCAACUUCUUCAACUGGUUUGACUACUGUCACUCUCCCAAAUGCACCAGUCCAAGCAUCCUCAACUGGUUUAACUACCCUUAUUCUUUAA